UCUGUCAGAACAUGACAACAGCGGUGCUGGCGUGGGACACGUGGACGGGUGUUAUUGGGGAAGUAAAAAGCGAGGUUGUAAUUUUGCAAGAUAAGGUUUCACAGAAGAAGAAAAAGAAGAAGGAAGGAAGUCAGAAAAUGACUUUUCACAAUCAGGGAGUCACUCAGCUCACUUUCAGAGCAAGUCAGAGCAUCAGCAGGCUUCCUAAUGAUGGCAGUUUGGGACAAAAAGGUUCUCUGGGGCUUCGUGUUCCUGCUGGCAGGUGCUGUGGGUCAGAGUGUGAACUAUCCAGCUCCUGUUUGUGCUGUGACAGGAUCGACCGUCACCCUCGUCUGCACCUUCACACCUCUGCGGUCUGUCGGUCAGGAUGGAAGAGUAGUUUCUACAGAGAUCAUCAGAGUCGUCUGGUGCCGGAACCAUCAGAUUUGUCAGGGCUCUACCCCGUCUGUGUUUGACAGCAGUUCAGGAAACAACAACCCUCGUUACAAAUACCUGGGAGACAAGAAGGGAAACUGCACUUUACAGAUCACAGAUGUACAGAAGAAAGACGAGGCAACUUUUCGCUUCAGAAUGGAGGCUGAUGACAUCAGAGCACAUUUUACUGGACAACCAGGAGUGAACGUCACAGUCUCUGAUGGGACUAGAAUGCAGAUAAAGAGCUCCAGAGGAGACGGAGAGCUGAGAAGAGGUGAAAACAUCACUCUGUACUGCACUGCACUCUGUACCUUCCACCAACUGGAGGUCACCUGGUUCAGAGAUGGCCACGCCCUCUCAGAGUCUGGCCCCGCCCUCCAGCUCGGCCCCCUGACUGCAGGGAAUUCUGGGAACUACACCUGCGGUUUGAAGACUAACGUCAGCAGCCUCUCCCUGCCGUACAGCCUGCAGGUGGAGGAAAAGGAGAAAGAGGAGGAAGAUGAGGAUGGAAAGCUGCCUCAGACAGCCGGCGUGGUGAUCGGAGUCCUGCUGGCUCUGCUCGCUCUCAUCGUGGUGCUCUGCUUCAUUAGGAGGAGGCGAGCAGCAGCAGCAGAUAAACAUCAGAGAGCUGUGGGAGGUGAAGUGGAACAGAAGCAUCCUGACGCCAUCUACAGCAACGUCCUGCCGCCCGCUGAGCAGGAGGGACGGCGCCGCCCGCAGGAGCCCAGCCAGGCGGUGGAGGACGUCAGCUACGUCUCCGUCCACUUCAAACACAACAACCAGGCCCGACCAGCGGUGGAGGCCGAGGACGCCGUCAUCUACAGCUCAGUGGCCAGCAGAGGCUGACGUCACGUUUGUCUUUACCUGCUGAAAAGGUUCAUCGUUCCGAGCCCGGAAGUGUGAUGUCCACUCAGUCGGACAUCUGGCGAGCUUCUUUUCUGCUGUGAACUCUAAACUUUAUUUGUUAUUAUUUGCUACAUGGAAACACAGCAGCGUCCUCUGCAGUCAGUGUAAAAAUGUAAAUCCCAGUCAGUCUCUGAACGUGUGUCCAGCCCAGUAACUGGAUCUGCAGUAAGGGGCACUCCU